AUGGUCCGACUGGCGGACUAUGUUGUUGUUGUUGGAUAUGAUUUUGAGAAAUCAACUGACUUAGAAAGUCAAGGUCGGGUCUUGCAGCGCUUUCCGACGAAGGAGUGGAACAAUUAUCCCUAUGAAUUUCAUGUGGAGUCUUUUUGUCAACCGUGCGGGUGGCAACUGACAAAAAACCGACAAGCACCGACGUUUUUCGUUGCCUACCUAACGGAUGUUGAUGGUAGCCACUACUACGCUGCUUGCCUCACCUUUUACGAGGCUGUUUCGAGCCAACAGCAACACAUUAUUCAGCAUUGUUCUCAUGGUAACCGCACCGCUGCCACGGCUAUCUCGGAUGCCCACAAUUACCAAGCGGCUACCAUCAUUUCGCCCGAUGGCAGUUUGAGUCCGCUCAAUAGCUGCGAGAACAUGGCUGCUGUAGCAAGCAACGUCGGUGGCGCUGGCGUGGAUCCCAAUCUUGUCCGUCCCACCGAACUCUUUGCUCCCAAAUGCAUUGUACUGCUUGCUCGGCACCAGCACUUUAAAGUCCUCCAGAACUGCUUGAGUAUCUUAUACACCGUGUUUAUGGACGGUCCUAAAGGAUUAUAUCUGGAAGAAAUAAUUGGAAAUAUUGUAGGAGGCGUUGAAAUACCGCCAAUUGGCGGUCCCCGAAAAACCUUCACGGUGGGUGCCAACGACCGCCAGACUGUUCAGCCCGCAAAGUGCCAAACAAUACCUGUCACUCGUUCCUCCGUGGCUAGUCUCUUCAAAUAUUUGGGCAUUGACAAUGUACUCUUGAUGUUUACCGCGAUGCUGAGUGAUCAGAAACUCUUGGUCUGCUCUCAGAGUCUGGUUCGUCUCACCGAUGCCUGUCAUGCUCUCACCUCAAUUAUUUACCCACUCAAAUACGGGUAA